CCUGGGCUCGGAGAAGAGACUUUUAAAGGAUAAAUGCUUUGUUUUGCACCCUGAACUAGCGUCAUGCUGGAAAGAUUUAUUAGCUUCAGGCAUGAACAAAGAAGAUAAGUCUAAAAUGAUUGAAACUUAUCCUAACAAAGGAAACUGUCCUCUAAUUGCACCAACUCUCAAUCCGGAAUUACUCCCUCUUUUACAUAAAACGGCUAAAUCUCGUGAUAAAUUUUUUGCUAAUCAUCAGGAUGUGUGUGGCCGUAGUUUAGUGGCUAUUGGUACAGCCAUCUGCAAUAUUUUGAAUGAUGAAGAGGAACCGGUAGAUAAGGAACAGCUUUUAAAGCUUCUUUGUGACUCCAGCAGCAUGAUGUGUGACCUGUUUUUCCAGUUGUCCAAGUCCAGACGUGCACAAUUGUACUCAUGUGUUGAUGGAAAAAGGAAGUCUGUUCUUGAAGAUUCACCCACAGAUGAAUUUCUUUUUGGCAUCGACCUUGCUAAAAGAAUUAAGAAUGCCUUAGCUGUUGAAAAAACAAGCUUGUCUUUAAAAAAUCAAACUCCACGAAGAGAUUCAAAUCGACCUAAAAACUCUUUAAACUGGAGAAGCCCGUCUGCUUCAAGGAUCAGCUCCAGUCAGACGGGCUACAGACGUCACUUCAACAAAUCAUCAGCUGCAAACAAUCACAAUCAAAUCACAACUCGAUCCCGAUCAGGGAACCAACUCCCUCCAGCUCAAAAUGCUCAGACACAGAAGAAAUAAAGACAAGUUCAACAUCCGUUGGCUCAAAAACUGUCUCUGAUGGCUGCCCGAUUAUCCACCAGGCAUUUAAAAAAAGGGGUUUAAAUGAUGAAGCCAUUGACAUCAUUAUCAAGUCCGUCUCUACUUCAACCCUGAAACAGUACUCCA